GUACAGUAUAAAAACAUUUCAGGCAGAUGCAGUCAAUCCAGAAAAUGAGCUGGCUGCUGCAAUCAUGAACUUUGCUAUUCGACCUGCAACAAAAGCAGACUCUCAGGACAUAUGGAGAAUGAUCAGGGAUUUGGCCAUCCAUGAAAAAAUGCUUGAUCAAAUGAAUACAACAUAUGAAGACCUGGAGCGGGAUGCUUUUGGCCAGAAUCCCUGGUGUGAAACCCUUGUGGCAGAGGUACCUGGGGAGGACAAAUCUAAAGAAGGAUUCAAAACAGUUGGUUUCGCACUUUACUUUUACUCAUAUAGUACGUGGAAGGGACGCAAGGUGUAUUUGGAGGAUUUGUACGUGAUGCCAGAAUUCAGAGGAUUUGGCAUUGGAAAGAAUUUGCUGAGGACAGUUGCAAAGGUGGCGAGAGAAAAACAAUGUGCGCAUUUGGAGUUGAGUGUGUUAGGCCAAAACAUUCAUUCACGAUCCUUCUACGCUGCAAAUGGAGCUGAGGACAUCACUGCCAGGGAUGAUUGGCAUUACCUGCGUUUUGGUCCACAAAGCCUGACCAAUUUCAUUUCUUGUCAGAAGUGAACAAUUAUUGAAUUCCAUUUUCCCCUUUUCUAAAUGUAAGGGAAAAUAAAGUUGAAAUAUUGUACAAGUUA